AUGACCGUGCUGGACUUCCCACCGCAGCCCCGCCCCACACGGCCUCUGUCCGCCUUGAUGCGCAAGGCCAAGACACUUGUGUUUACAGGCCCGAAAGGUGAAAUUGUUGUACCUCUUCACCACUUUGUGAAUACCAAUUGGGGUGAAGAUGCAGAGACGAAGUUGCGCACCAUUUCGUUUUCUAUCGAGGAUGAGAACUCCAAGCUGCAGCGCGGCAUAUGGGGGCUGACUCGCGCGCUGUGUGCGAAUGCUAUCAAGGGUGUCGAGGAAGGCCAUGAGGUGUCCCUCCGCCUUGUUGGUGUUGGUUAUCGUGCGAGCGUUGAGCCUGAUCCAUUGCCACGGAAGCAUCCUCUGGAGGUGGAAUUGGAGCGUGGCCGUGGUCACUGGUAUGCAGCUGAUCAGAAACAGACGGAGAUUGACCGUGCAAAGCGCUUGGUUGAAUCGUCUGGCCAGAACGAGAGGUUGAACCUGCGUCUAGGCUAUUCCCACCCUGUACUUAUCCCCAUUCCCUACGGCAUCAAAGCGCAAACACCAUCGCCCACUGUCAUUAAACUGACAAGUGCGAACAAAGAGAAUCUUGGACAAUUUGCACAGACCAUCCGUCAGUACCGGAAGCCCGAACCGUACAAGGGCAAGGGUAUCUUUAUUGGCGAUGAGCAAAUCAAACUGAAGACACCGAAGAAGAAGUAA